AGCCAUGGGUAACACCGGUGUCAGAGGCUCCACGGCCGGCUCACUGGGUCUCUGCUCAGAGAGGCUGUGCCUCACUCAGUGGGUGCAAAUACAUGAAGCGUAGCUGCGGGCGGAGGAAUAUCAGGUGCAUCUCUACGCCCCGAGGGCUCAACUCCUACACUUAAACCCCUCCCACUGGAGCAGCCAGCUCCAGUUUCACCGAGCCAGCCCAGCGUGAGAACACAUCCUGCUCCCAGUGCCCAGCACAGCGCAGAGACCUGCAUCCCACACCGCACCGCACACCUGCUCCAGGACCACACGAGUAAGACCUCUCGAGAUACCUUGGCAGUGGAGCUGGCUCCAAGUAACAGUACUCGGAAAAGAGAGGCAAGACGGGGACUCACCUUCCUAACAGCCACCCAGUCUGGGUAGAGGAAGAGUCUACCCAGAGCAGUGACCCCAUCACUCAGCCAACUGCAGCCUGUUGGCCAACACAGGGGACAUGAGUCUUCUCAAAGAGCGGAAACCAAAAAAGCCACAUUACAUUCCACGGCCACCAGGGAAGCCCUUCAAGUACAAGUGCUUCCAGUGCCCUUUCACUUGCAAUGAGAAGUCACACCUCUUCAACCACAUGAAGUACGGUCUCUGUAAGAACUCCAUCACACUAGUGUCUGAGCAGGACCGUGCCCCCAAGGGCUCCAAGCCCAACUCAUUGGACCCUCGGCAGGCCCUCCAGCCAGAGCCCACAGUCAAGCCAGCCCCUGCCAAGGCACUCUCCCAUGGGUUUUCCAGCCUCGACCCAAAGCAACAGCUCAGCCCUGCCAAGGAGGACACCAAGGAGGACCUGGAGCUGCCAGUGCGGGCGGCCCACAGAUGCCCUCAGAGGUCAGCCCUACAGAGGGAGUUGGCCCCAGAAGCUACUCUUGGGACCCAGACAUCUCUGGACAGUGGGGUUCGGCCUUCAGCAUUUGUUCCAGUUGGAGAGCACAGACUCAAGGGGCCAGACAAUGCAGAGGCCCCUGAGACGCUGGCGCUGACCAACUCCACAGUAAAAGCCACAUCUUUCCACACCAAGUCUGCGUUCCACACACCUGGCUACCCCUGGAAAGCUGGCUCCCCAUUCCUCCCACCCGAGUUUCCACAUAAAAUCCCAUCCACAAAGGGGUUUGGCACCAUCUCUCCCUAUAUGCACUCCACAAUCCCAGAGUACCCCCCACCCUUCUACACGGAGCAUGGCCUGGCCACCAUCUACUCCCCCUACCUCCUUGCCGGGAACGCACCUGAAUGUGAUGCCGCCCUGCUGUCCAUCUACGGGUCCCAAGACCAAAGACACUUCCUGCCUCACCCAGGGCCACUCCCCAAGCACCUCACCCCAUCUCCAUCAGCAUAUGACCAUUACAGGCUGCUCCCACAGCUCCACGCCAGUCUGCCCCUGCCGUAUGGCUUCUACAGACCCGAGUCAGCAUUCACCUCCUAUGGCCUCAGGCUCCCACCUGUGGCUGGCAUAGCUCGAGACCAAAGCUCUCGGGUGCUAGAGGAUGGUGCCCUGGUCUACCCAGCCUCAAGCCCCUCUGAGUUAAACCCUCCCAACUCCCACAAGAAGCACACAGAGUUUGAGAAAGUAAGUCCAAUUCCCGAGGCUAAAGACCCUUCCAAAGACACCGAAGGGGCCAAAAUGAGCCCCCGUGCAGGCAGCGCAGCCACAGGCUCCCCAGGAAGACCAAGUCCCACCAACUUCACACAGACCAGCCAGAUGUGUGAAGGCCUGUGUGACCUCUCAAACAAAGUAACUUCAGACACGCCGGGAUGGCUCCAGCAGCCCAAACAGAGCCCCACGGCCUUCAAGCCUGUCCAGAAGAGCACAGAACACCCUCAUCCCCAGCUCCCUGCAAACAGAGCAGAGUCUCCCAAAAGUCUCCAGGCCCAGAAUGGAGAUCUUCCCGCACAGACAGAAGGUGUCUCUCUCACCCCUGAAGUCCCACCCUCCAGCCCUGAGGAUGGCUCUAAGACCGGCCCCCUCAACCUCUCCAAGAAGCUGGAGACAAACUCUGCUGCUGCUCACAGACCAAAGUACACAGGCAGUACCCCAGUGGCCCUGGACUUCUCAGAGCCACAGGACCUGCCCCUCGACCUCUCUGUGAAGGACACCUGCAUCUCUCAAGGCCCGUGGCCUACUGCUCCCAGCUCACUGCAGGGUGCAGAACCCACUGCUGUUGCUCCAAAGACUGUAACAGAAGGUUCUGGAGAUGGGCCAGGCCAGGCUGACGCACAGGACAAUGCGGACCCCAGUGGGAAGGCCCCAGACACACGUGUGGUGGACAGUGGUGAUGAGCAGAAGCAGACAGCAGCUGUGGCCCUCUGUCAGCUAGCGGCCUUCAGCCCCAGGAAUGUCCAGGCAGGCGAUGGGAAGCCUACCGCCCAGGAACCUGCCUGUCCUGAUGCACCCACACCCAGUCCCAGGGACAGCCAGGGGGCUCAAUGCGACCUCAGGCCCAAAGGACAAAAGAGGACAAGUCAAAGGGAUGCAGGGAAAUCCCAACAAGGAGCUAAGAAAAUGAAGCCGAGUGACACGGCAGCUCGAGUGUUUACUCUGCGCAGAAGGACCCGCGUGUCCUAAGGCCUGGCCCUGUGUAGCUCAGAGCUGCAGGAGACCUGCCCCCUGCACUGCAUCCCACGCAGCCCUGCACUGCUCAUUGCACAGUUCCAUGGAUGCAAUUUCUUGUUUCUCCUUAGGAAAAAGUAGUUCAGUCCAGUUUCUGUAGACAUUCAGCUGAAUGUGAAAGGCGAAUUGAAUACCAGUGCAACAUGCGGGGCAAGAGGAUCUCGAGGUGGGGCCUGCUGGCACCAGGGUCUCUCACAGACACUUUUCUCACAAGUACGUUAGCACUACAGUAAACUAUCUUAACUAUUUUUCUAUUACAACUAGCUCUGUGACUUGAAGUAAAUAACAAUUACUAGAAAGAUAUCAAGAAAAAAUAUUUUCAGUACUAGCAUUCAAGUGCUGUAUGUAAAAAUGUUGCCAUUUGUUAUGUCUGAAACAUAAACAUCCAGGGGCUAUUUAUACAAAUAAUUUAUUUCCACAGGGGAAGGUGUGUUACUGGUAACGGUACAAUCGGUUUAUUCCAUUUGCUUGUAAUAUCGAAGUGAAUCGUCUAAGUUGUUCAGCCUCACUUUCCAUUCCCUAAAAUGAUGUAUAUGUUGUCAAUUUUCCAAUAAACUCAUAAACUUUAAGAACACA